GUUUGAUUGGGUCGAAUUACAAGUUUCCAUUCUGUACCUAUUCUGUGCUAUGAUGACCUAACCCAACCUUUUAAUUUCAGUCUUCACAAAAGCGAGAAAGCGACGCAUGCUUGCCUUUUUUUCAGAGUUUUUCUAAUUUGAAGUUGAACAAUGGAAGAUAAAAGAUAUUUUGAAAGUGUAUUUUCAAGUGAUAAACAAACAAUAGACUUCAAAAUUGAACCAUCUUCAAGCCCGGUGAAAAUUUCAGACAAACCAGCUGAAACACUGAAAACAAGCUUGGAGUGUCUCGAGAAAAGAAGUCAAUUAUUGGAAAAAAUAUUUGCUGAUAUGCCUACUCAUCGUAAUUUGAACACAUAUGAAAGCUCUGAUAUUGUGGAUGGUGUUGAAGCGGUUUCUGCUGUGAUCAAUGAAACUGUGGCUGAAAAGGAACGUGAACUGUCCCCAGACCUGUGCUCGUACCGAUCACAUAGACGGAAAUCAAGAAAACUAAGCAGAAUGGAAACUAAGAUGGAAGAUCACGAUGCUCUCGUGAUUGAACCAGUCUUGUCACAGGAGACUCCUGAGGUCUUCAGUUGUGCUGUCAUCAAUGAAACUGUGGAUGAAAGGAAACGUGAUUUGUCAUCAUAUCGACCUCACAGACGAAAGUCAAAUAAACCGAAGAAAAUAGAAACUAAGAAGGAAAAUCACAGUGUUCCUGUGAUUGAAACAGUCUUGUCACAGGAGACUUCUGACGUGACUCCCGAGGUCCUGUUUCCUGCAUCGAGAUCACAGGAGACUCCACAAAAUACGACCUCAGUUAUAGCGAGCACAAAACCCGAAAUUGUUGGUGAUAGCCGAUCGUCAUCAACAGUCUCAGCGCUUCGUUUGGUGAGACGUAAACCCAAGACAAUGGACACAAUAACUGAACAGCUGAAUGUCUCAAAUACGAACCAAAUAACAGUGCCCACCAAAGACGCUUCUUCAGACUCGUCAUCAGCUACAUCCUCCCACGUGAAGACCAGGAGGAGAAAGGUGGAUGAAAACUGCAAUCUUACAAAAUUUGGAAAGGUUGUAAACCGCUUAAAUUCACAACAAUGCAUUUGGCAACACAUGAUGAGAUCAGCUGAUCUUGAGCUGGAGACUUCGGAUUGGCCAGUAUUCAUCGUUCAAGAGAUCGUUAAAAAAUUCAAUAAGCCGUUUAUAAAAUGCUACACGGAGGAUGAUAAAAAAGCGUAUUUUCCAUUUGAUUUCUCAGUGCCCAAUUCACUGAAUGUACUUUGCAAGCUUGACUCGUCCAACCCCCACAAGAUUGUAGGCGCGAGAUUGAAAUUUCAUCUCCCAUUAAUGAUCAUUGAACAAGGACAUGAAAUUUAUCUGCUGGGAGAUGAACGCCUUGAGCUUGGUCAGUCAAAGAUUAGCAAGGGGAAAUUGCUACAGGAAGUUGAAUUUUCGAUUCAGCCUCCAUCGGAUGGCUUCCGAGGAUUCCCUGAAGAUCUUCUCUACGGACGAAGACAAUCCGUUGAAGUCGUAACAAACGGCUUUCUAGGAUUUGAAGAUGUCUCAAAAGAUAUACAGUAUUUAGAAUUGAAAAGAUUUGAGCCUUCUGAUGAACAAUUCUCAGAGAAAAAAAGAAUUAAAAUCAAAGAUAUGACAGAAUUCUAUCAACACCUGAAUCUUGGCCAAAUCCGACAAAGUUUUAUUCUGCGAUUUUUCGUAGAAAACUACUUCGUUAUAGGAACGUUUAUUGGAUUUGCACUAUUGCCACGUGCUGUGUGUAAACAUACACGGGUAUACGGGGAAUACUUGCUUGUAUUGGAGGAUUGUGCAGAGGCCUUAUGUGCUGUUGUCCUGACUUAUAAAGAGUUCACCAAGCUACAGCUGCAGAGAGAUGGAAAAGACAUAAAGUACAAAGUCUCCGGUUUUUACUUCACCCACGCUUUACCUACGAGAAUGUUGGAGACUGAUGGUUUCGUUAUAUUUGACGAUCAAACCAAGUCGAUGAGAAGUUCUGCCAAAUUCUGUUAUUUCUUGUCGCCAAAGAAAUCCACCGGCUUGAUCAUUGAUGAAAUUAAUUAAAGCAUAGGCAAAAGUCUACUAUAAAAUUUAAAUUUCAUUGAAUUAGAGAUCAAACUAUUGAAUUUGAUAUGAUGAAUUGUUUAAAAGACUGUGAUGUGCAGCAAUUUAAAUUGCACAUAUUUAUGAACAACUAUUAAUGUUAUUUUCGGUAUUAGUCCACUAAUUCAUCUGAUACUUUGACGAUGUCCAAGUCAUUAAUAAUAGGUAUAAAGUCAUAAUAGUCACUUUGUGUUCUUGGAAGACAAUCGUGAUUAAAUUCUAGACUGUGUUAUUUCCAUGACAAUUUUUUUUAUGUAUACUGUGAUCUUGUUACAUGGUAAGAUGUUACCGUGCCUUUUUGUUUCAAGGUAAGGUAGCCCUAGUUGUUUUGAUUCGAGAUUAUGUUCAGUUAGUUUAUUCAAGUUUGAGCUUAUUAUUUGAUCUCGAUGUUUAUAAGAUAAUCUUAUUCUUAUUUCACUCGUAAUAAUCACCAAGAAUUUCCUCAGUAUUGUACUGUAGUAAUACAGUGUUACUAAAAGUAUUGUAGUUAAUUAAGAUUGUCUAUAAACAAGUUUUGAUACUUCAAUGAUGCUCAAGUUAUUAAUAAUUAUAGAUUUUUAUAACAUUGAUUUAAAAAAAAUCAAAUUUGAAUUGCUUGCUUGUGAAAGUAUCAUUCUAUUCCCGUGUUAGUUGUUAGUUAGGCUUGAUUUGUUGAAACUGCAAUAAUUUUGCAGUUACAAUACAACAGCAUUCAAUUAUAUAUUCUUGUUUCCAAAGCAAGGUUUACUCUUCCCAUCAAAGAGUUUACUAGCAUUUACUAGCAAUUAUCAUUAGCUUCUCUCCAAAUCAAUCUUAUAAUUAACUUUCUAUAAUCAAUAGUAUUGUUAAGAUUAUAGUUCAUGUUCUAUUUGUUUAUUCAGAUUUCCGUGUGUAUAAGGAAAAGUUUAUGAAAUGAGAAAAUGUGUGGGAAAGUGCAUUAAGAAAAGUUUUUUAUGUGUGUUAUUCAGAUUUAGGUGUGUAUAACGUGAUAUAACUCAUAUGCUAAUUACUAUUUCUACCAAAGAGUGUACUACUUUGUAGUCGAAUUAUUAUUAGCUUUUUUACUAUAUUGAUAGUAUUAUUAACUUUAUAUAAAUAGAAGUAUUGUUAUGAAUAAUGUUUUUGUUUGAUUUGAUUUAGAUUCCCUUGUGUUUAAGGAGAAAUUAUGAAUGAUUGUCUAUAGGAAAUGUGUGAGUAUAAGCAUGAAUAAAAGAUAUCAUUAUGUUAUGUUGUAAACUAUAUAUCUGCGUAAAAGCCAGUUUAUAUCGUAUCUGCAUAAAUGAAGUAAUUCAAUCAAUCAAUCCUGUGCCGUGCAUACACUCUCACCCGGUCAAGAAAGUUAUACUCGACAAUAGUCGACAGUCAUUGGCUUGAGAAAACAAUACCUAAUCGGCUUGAAAUUCAGAAGGUAAACUGUAAAUGCAAUAUCUUAUUAUAUGCUAUCUUUUCUCUAUUGUAUAAGUUUAUUCAUAUCAAUUUUAUGAUUUCCGUGUGCAUAAGGUGAUCUUAUCUUACUUGAAGUGUAAUUCCUAUUUCUAUGAAAGUAUUUACUAUUGUUUUUAGUUGAAGUAUUGGGCUAUUAGCUCAUGAUUUUUCACUAAUAGCUUGUGAGAUUGAAGGUAGAAAGCCACUAUUCAUCCAAAAUCUGUAUGAAAUACUAUAUAUUUUUAUUUUUCAUACUCACUCAUAUUAUGCAGUUCACCAUAAGGUUUUCAUUGCAGAUUCAAGUUUUCAAGUUGACAAUUAUAAUAUUUUAUAACAAAAUAUAUUACGAUUCAUAUAUAUAUAUAUAUAUAUACUCAUAUAUAUACGCAUAUAUAUAUAUAUAUAUAUAUAUAUAUAUAUAUAUAUAUAUAUAUAUAUAUUACUCAUAUAUAUAUACGAUUAUAUUAUUUUAUUUACGAUUAUUCUAUAUUACGUAUAAUUGAUCGGAUACUAUAUUGUUGAUGGACUAGAGUUGGUAAUCUUCUAAUGGGCAGCUUUUCCUGUUUUACAUGCAUUAAGCAUGGUUUCGUAGUACUACUCAAGUACCGUAUUUGAUAGAUGUUCGCUGUUGGAGUAACUGAUCAAGUAGGCUGAUUGCUAAUUGCUUAGCUUAUUGAAUUCAAACAAAAAAAAAAAAAUGAUUGUCAAAACACACUAAACUAAGACCAGAUUUCAUUGUAAAAGUAAAGUAUCAUGAUAAAUUUACUCAUAUAAUAACAACCAUUUACCCGACAUUCAGAACUGGUUUGAGCCAGUCAGUAGCUACUCAGUAGCUAUACUACUAUUAUCCUAUUCUUUUCUUGUAUAAUUCUAUUAUUCUCUACUAUUAUCCUAUUAUUCUCGAGAAAACGAAUCAAUAACAUUUAUUAAAAAAACAUAUAUAUUUUUAAUGACAAGUUUCCAGUUCCACACAUUAAUAAUGUCUGAUGAUUAUCAUAUAUAUCUGCAGUUACAUAUAUCUGCAAUGAACAAUUCGAUUCACAUGAGCGUUGAAAAAUAUGAAUUACUGUACUCACACACACACACACACACACACACACACACACACACAUAUAUAUAUAUAUAUAUAUAUAUAUAUAUAUAUAUAUAUAUAUAUAUAUAACCUAAAAUAGGAAUGGUGGUCUUAGAUAAUGAUGCAAUACAAAGUCAAAUCAAAUCCAAUAAAUUUUAAUGAUUUUCUUUUGUAAAAUUUUCCUGUACUGGAUGUUUGAAUGCUAAAAUGAGAAUGAAGGUCUCUUGAUAAUCACAAAUCAAGUACAUAGUACCAAGACUUUUGGUUUGUUUGCUCUUUCAGAUCUAUCAAAUCAACAAUUUUCAUGUAAAUGGUUUGUCUCUGAAGGAAAUUAUAUAAUAAAGUUGAUGUUGGUUAAAAAUGUUAGGUUAUUCUUCUACUCUAUUUUUUGUUGGUUCGUACUUAUGUAAUACCAUAUAAUAUGCUAUCGAAAUAAGUGGAAUAUGUGUUAAAAUAAUGUAUUGGGAAUUGAUAAUUGAGAAAGUAAAAUACAUCUCUGAUAGUA